AUGAAAGAAGUAGAAUCAGAAGAAGAAGUAGAAGAAGAAGUAGAAGAAGAAGUAGAAGAAGAAGCAGAAGAAGAAGCAGAAGAAGAAGCAGAAGAAGAAGCAGAAGCAAAAACAGAAACAAAAACUGAAGCAAAAACUGAAACAAAAACUGAAGCAAAAACUGAAGCAAUAACUGAAGCAAAAACUGAAGCAAUAACUGAAGCAAAAACUGAAGCAAUAACUGAAGCAAAAACUGAAGCAAUAACAGAAGCAGCGGAAAAAGCAAAUGAAAAAAAACAGCGGAACAAAACGAAAAAGAGUAAGAAGCAUAAGGUCAAAGGGAAAAAUGCAGACGAGAUAGAAGGACAUAAGAAUGAUGAAAAUUUUGAUAAAAGUAACAGAUUUCAAGAUUUUGAUAACAUACUACUUGAUGUAAGAUUAAGGAAGGCAUUAUUAUAUUUAUUUAAGUUUAAAUAUACAACAAAAAUACAAAAUCUAGCAAUACCAUAUAUAUUAAAAGGAUGUGAUGUAAUAGUUAAUUCAAAAACAGGGUCAGGAAAAACCAUGGCAUACCUAAUUCCAGUUGUUCAGAAUUUAAUUAAAUCAAAUAUAAAUGAAAAAGAACAUUUAAAAUUUUUUUAUAAAUGUAUAAUUAUAACACCAACUGAAGAAUUAUGCUUACAGAUAUACGAAGUAGCAGUUAAGUUAUGUAUUUAUUUAAAAGAUUUAAUAUCAAUUAAUCACAAUAUAAAUAAAAUAUUUUAUGAACAUCCUACUAUAUUAAUUACUACACCUACAUAUUUAUGUAAUCAUAUUAUAGAAAAUAAAAAAAAAUAUAACAUGGAUAUAUUGUCAAAUUUAAAAGUUCUUGUUAUAGAUGAAGCGGACGUUAUACAUACUCAAUUUUAUAAACCUAUGAACUUAUUGACAAGUAACUAUUUACCAAAAAAUUUCUCAAAAAAGUAUCAAAUUAUUAUGGCAUCAGCUACUUUGGAAAAUGGUAUCAUAUCUAAAACAAAAUUAUUUUUGCAUGACCCCGUUUAUGUAAGCGCGGACUUGGAGAGAGAGCAGAACAGGUCCAUCCCCGGUCAAAAAAGGAGUGGUGAUCUCACUGUACACAGUGAGAGCAUCCUGAAUGCCGAUUAUAACAGCAAUAGGAAUGCCAACUGUGUCGAUGGUAAUGCUGAUUGCAAUGACGGCGAUAUACAUACUAACCAUAUCAACUACAGUAAGAAGCAAAAACAUAUGGGAAAAUCCUUUUACUACAUGUGUGAGGACGAGUUAACAAAAUACAUAUACUUGUACAACUUAAUAAAGAAUAAUAUAAUUCAACCAAAAUCAAUUAUAUUUACGGGGUCCAUAUAUGAUGGAUAUAAAAUAAGAAUAUUUUUAACCUACUUCAAUAUUACUUCGUCUUUACUUAACCCGAACCAUCCUAUUCUAAUAAGGCAAAACAUCAUUACAGCCUUUAAUCAUUCAAAGUUCUACUUUUUAAUUUGCCCACAGUUUGAAAAUAAUAUAGUGCAAAAUGUACAUAAGAAGGGGCAGAGCUAUUCGGAUGAUCAGACUAUCUUAACUAAUGAAUUAUGUUCAGAUAAAAAAUUAGGCAUGGAUGGUGAUAUGCCUACCUCGAAUGAAGAUGAUAUGGAUAUCCAAAAUUGGAUAGAGGAGAAAAACAAGCUAAGAAGUGAUGGUGCAGUUUCGAAAGAUGGAAAAAGCGAAUUGGAUGUGGAACAAGAUGAAGUAGGUGCGGAAGAAAACGCAUUAGAUGUGGAACAAGACGAAAUAAUUAUUAACUCUAACUGGAAAUCUGUAGGAGAAAAAGAUUUUUUAUAUAACAGAGGACUAGAUUUUAAGUAUGUGAAAUGUGUUAUUAACUUUGACAUGCCGCUAGAUAAAGAAACGUUUGUGCAUAGAAUAGGAAGAACAUGUAGAUUGAACAACAAAGGUAUUAGUAUUUCUUUUGUUAAUGAAAAUAAAGAAGUAGAAAAAGACAUUUUGAAUGAAAUAAAAAAUGCGCAUAUUUGCUUUAUGACUGAGAAAAACAUUGAAUAUAAAAAUAUUGAAGCUUAUAGAUAUAGAGUGGAAUCAACCCUAAAUAAAUGUACAAGUAAAAAAAUAAAAUAUUAUAUACAGAAAGAAAUAUUAUACCAAUCUCUAAAAUCCACAGAACUAAAAGAAUUUUUUAAUACAAAUAUAAAUGAAAAAAAAAAAAUACAUAAAAUAGUAAAACAAUUUAAUAAGGAGCUUGUACCACAAAAAUUAAUUAAGGACAGAAAUAGAGGCAUAUUUUUCAGUGAGUCUAAGACUUACGGUAAAUUAUUAAAAAGAAAAAAGAAAAACGAUAAAAAUUACAAUACUAAUUACAGUAGCAAUUGCAGUAACAAUAGUAAUUGCUACGACAGCAGGAACUAUAGUAGUCGUUACAAUAGAAGCCGUGAAGGACUCAUCAAGCCCGUCAUACAAACAAAAAAGGGUGGUCUUAUAAUUACAGAUAAAGGGUACGAAGAUCAGUUAAAGAAAGAACCAGAGGCAGAAGUCGCUGAUCCCUCCAAACUUCCCGCCUUAUGCGGACGCGGUCUAAGGAAAUAUAUGUACAUGAAAUACAUAAAAAGUGAACGUAAAAAUAGGACAAAUUUUCAUAAAAAUAAAAGUAUUAACCGAAGGGGAAGAAAAAUUAUCAAUCGUUAG